GAGGCAAUGAAGCCGACGAGACGCCGCGCCGGAUUCGUCGACCCCCGUCACGUGAAAAAGCCGCGGCGGCUCUUCGCGGCUUCCGUCGUCAUCGUCACGUGAUCAGGGCCGGGCUCCGUCGCGCGCCAACCGCGUCCGGGUUUUUUCCCUCCCAUUUGUCCCCCUUCACGUGACGGGGGAGCGCGAGAAAGAGAAAAAGGGAGACUCGGACUCGGCGGCUGUCGGUCAGCGCCCGAGUGUUGGCGGGAAGCGAGCCGGCUCUGUGGAGGGGAAAACCAACGGCUGGGUAAAAACAUGAAGGAGCUCCUUUGGAAGGACAUUUCGAGACCUGCGGCCUCCGGGCAGUGAACUGGAAUAAUUUGAAUGCAAAAAGCCAUGCAUCUGUGCCUAGUGGACGGCCUGAACCAAUGCGUUCCAGGUCCUUUACACCAUGCUGAGCCCCGGUAUGGGAAGUGCUCUAAGGCAAGUUGACGUUACCCAGACUGACCUUUGCGCCCAAGGUCACACAGGAACCAGCUCUAUAAAAGCCACUCUAUCCAGACAGUUGUUCGGGUUUUGUUUCUUUCCCUGUUUGCUCGGUUUCCCGUACUGCAUUAAGGCCGUAACGUUCAAGAGCGUGCUAUGGGAUUCUUGCUCUUCAACAAAAUCAGGGGUCCUUGUGUUUUUAAAAUAAAAGAAGGGAUCUAGCGCCUGCGUUGAUCGCUGCAUUUGAAAUCCGCCUGCGUGCUUAAUGGUGAGCUCUUCAGGACUACGCGUCUGCGCAGCUGUUGGUUAGGCGGAUGGCCAUGCCGUGAGAGCAGCCGUGACGUCGGUGUAGCCAUGACGGAGCCCCACCGGGUUCAGCUCACCUCUCUGCCGGGCCCUCUGAGCACCACCCUGCUGAAGAAAACUCGCCGGGAGGACCUUGCAGGAGCGGAGCCCCCCCAGGAACCCGAACCGGCGGCUGCAGCGGUCCGCAUCGCCCUCACCCUUUUUGAGCCGGAUCACAAGCGUUGCCCGGAAUUCUUUUACCCCGAGCUGCUGAAGAAUACACGCGGAAAAGGGAAAACCAGUUCUGCGGGAGAAAAGAAAAAAGACCUUGCUGAUCCCUUCAACGAUGAGGAAAGAGAGCGGCACAGAGUGGAGGCGCUGGCCAGGAAGUUCGAAGAGAAAUACGGCGGGAAGAAGCGCAGGAAAGACCGCAUUCAGGACCUAAUCGACAUGGGCUACGGCUACGAUGAAUCCGACUCCUUCAUCGACAACUCCGAAGCCUACGAUGAGCUCGUUCCGGCCUCUCUAACGACCAAGUAUGGUGGGUUUUACAUCAACUCCGGGACCCUGCAGUUCCGACAGGCUUCGGAAUCCGAGGAUGACUAUAUUAAAGAGAAAAAGAAGAAGUCGCCGAAGAAACGGAAGUUAAAAGAAGGGGGCGAGAAGAUGAAGAAGAAGAAGAAAGAUGACUCUUACGACAAGGAAAAGAAAUCUAAAAAAUCCAAGUUCUCCAAGACCGGUUUCACAGCCCUGAACGCAAGCAAAGAGAAGAAGAAGAAGAAAUAUUCAGGGGCUCUAAGCGUCAAGGAGAUGUUAAAGAAAUUCCAAAAAGAGAAAGAAACCCAGGACGAGAGGGACGAGGAACCAAACGUGGCCGUCCCAGCUCUGGCCGAAGCCCCGGCCCCGCGGGAGGCAGAGACCGUGCCUGACCCCCUCCUCUCUCUCUUUGGCCAUCCCAGCGACAAUGAGCUGCUCCAGGCGGCCAGCGCCAUGGACUCCCUGACCGAUCUGGACCUGGAGCAGCUUCUCAACGAGUCCCCGGAGGAGAGCCCUUUCCAGGACAUGGUGGAGGACGGGAGCGACCCCCUCGGGGUGACCCUGGAGGCAGAAGUCAAGCAACCCCUCGCCCUCCCCGAGGGCCUGCCGGGGCCUCUGGAGAAGCGCAUCGAGGAGCUGAUGCAGGCCGCCAGGGCUGCACAAGGCGAAGGGAAGCACAAGUUCUUCACCCCGGACAUCAACAACAUCUUGUUAGACAUUGAGCUGCAAACCCAGGAACUGAGCAGCCAGGUCCGGUCGGGAGUGUACGCUCACCUGGCCUCCUUCCUUCCCUGCAGCAAAGAGACCCUCGUCAAACGGGCCCGCAGGCUCUACCUCUACGAGCAGGGCGGCCGACUGAAGGAGCGACUUCACAAGCUCAAGGAAGCCAUCGGCCGGGCAAUGCCGGAGCAGAUGGCCAAGUACCAGGAGGAAUGCCAAGCUCACACCCAGGCCAAAUUUGCCAAGAUGCUAGAAGAGGAAAAGGACAAGGAGCUGCGGGAGCGGGUCUGCUCGGACGACGAGGACGACGACGAUAAAGGAGGGAAGCGCAUCAUGGGGCCCCGGAAGAAGUUCCAGUGGAACGAGGAAAUCAGGGAUCUGCUCUGCCAGGCGGUGAAGCUCAAACUGGACGGGUACGAGCUGGAGAAGAACAAGGCCCAGUCGAUGGAGGAUUACGUGAAAGCCUUCCUGGAUGCUGAAGUCAAGCCUCUUUGGCCCAAGGGCUGGAUGCAGGCACGGACAUUAUUCAAAGAGAGCAGACGAGUCCACGGUCACCUCACUUCCAUCCCAACAAAGAAGAAGGUCAUGGCUCCUCCAAAGGUGAAGGGGAAGGAGCCGCCUGGCAAGCCAGAUAAGAAGAUGCCCCUUUCAGUGCCAUUGAUCCAUUCGGGCUGCGUGGUCUCGCUUUCUCCAGAGCCGCAGGGGAUCACCAUCGGCCUUAGCCCUCAAACCAGGGAGCUCUUGGCAAUGAGUUCAACUUCUGUCCCGAGCAGCACGGCAGCCCAGGUAGCCUUCAGCAUGGAUGACUCUUUGGAUGAGGACUUGAUCCACAACGCAGCCUCGUCCUUGGAAGCCGUCUCAAAGGAGCUGGCUGUGCUGAACAGCCGCACGGGAGGCAGCCCUGACUUUACUCUCCCUGCCCCCCACAAGGCGCCUGCAGAGAAGCCCCCCAGCCAGGCGAUGCUGGAAGAGAAGAGGAAUUUUGCCAAGCUGGCCUCUUCGCCCGCCCAGCUGCCGGCCAGCGGCUCUCUGCAGUCGCCCCUCAAUUUCCUGGCCGAGCAGGCCUUGGCGCUGGGCCAGACCUCGACAGACAAAAACACAGAGGGCUCUGUUUACAAAGAGCUCCCCUGCCCAGCUCCCCUCAACAAGCUGGACGUUCACCCAUCCAAGCCCAAACACCACAACGUGCCGCGCACGGUUCACGGGUCCCAGACCUCAGCCCCAGCGCCGGCACCCCCAGCGAAGGUAUUUCCCAUGGGAGGGCAGCAGCCGAAACCUUUCCCACUUUCCCCUCCCUUUGGCAAGCUGCAGACCCCCAAAGCCGCCUCCCCGUUGCCCCAACGCCCCGUACUGUCACAGCAGGUCAAGGGGCCUGCCAAAGCACCCAGCUUCCACUCUUCAUCGUCAUCAUCGUCACCCUCGACCGUCUCCCCAGUGUCUGGCAGCUCCCAUAAGAUCCCCAAUUCCUCUCCUGUAUCUCUGAGCUACCUGGGGAAACACUUGAGUGGCUCCGGCUCUUCAGCUCCAGCAUACAAGUCGCCCUUCGUGGCCCUUUCCCGGCACGUGGCUUCUUCCAGCAGCUCCACGUCUGCCGGGGCCACAAACCAGAGCUCCUCUGCUGGCAACCUGCCACCCGGCACAUCUCUUCCCUCUCCUGGGCAGGCUCCCAGUCGCUCAUCGCCCAGCUCCACCACAGCCAAGAAGACACCGGUCUCUCAAAAGCUGACGCUGGUGGCUCCCCCGGGGGGGCCAAACGUCAGCUCAAGCGGGGGGACACAAGGGGUGGCCAAGCUGCUGACCUCCUCCCUCAAGCCAGCUGUGGUGACCAGCGCCACAUCUUCUACCUCGGUGACGAAAGGAGCCAGCGGGGCAGUGCUGCUGACCGGUUCAUCUUCCUUGAGUGUCCUGCCUUCCCCCUACAAGCCCGGAAACGCCAAGCUACCGGCCGCCCUCACCUCCACCCCACUGGGCAUCAUGUCACCCAUCCAUUCCUACCCUCUCCACGUCAUCUCCUUCAGCUCUGAGUCCUCCCCCAAGGCUGGGGUCUCGAAAGACGCCAUCGUCACAGGACCGGCCCCGGGGACUUUCCAUCACGGUCUUGGCCACGGUACUUCUCAGCUUCACGGGAAAGGGUCCAGCGUGCAGCCGCGGAAGUUGUGACAGCCAAUGAAAAAAAGG